GAAGACGCUGCGUCCAUGCUCGAGCAUCUCUGUCACAACCAUCGUCAGUGUCGUUUUAAUUACAAAUACGCCAUAAUAUUUGCCUCAUAGCGGCUUUAUUUGACACCUCAGACCGUCGGGAUGUCUGGGCCAAAGAAGGGGGACUUGUCUUCCAGCGAAAAGGAGUUGUUUGAAGUUAUUUCUGCAGGAAAUGUCCAGGAAGCCUCCAGGCUGCUGGGCUGUAAGGACGUCCGCGUCAACUGUUUGGAUGAGUAUGGGAUGACUCCUCUCAUGCACGCUGCCUACAAGGGUAAAGUAGACAUGUGCAAGCUGCUGCUGCAACACGGAGCGGAUGUGAAUUGUAAUGAACACGAGCAUGGAUACACAGCGCUGAUGUUUGCAGGCCUCUCAGGAAAGACUGAUAUCACGUGGAUGAUCUUGGACGCGGGGGCUGAAACGGAUGUAACCAACUCUGUAGGCCGGACUGCUGCACAGAUGGCAGCAUUUGUUGGGCAACAUGACUGCGUCACGGUGAUCAACAAUUUCUUUUCCCGUGCCAGACUGGAUUACUACACCAAGCCUCAGGGUUUGGAGAAGGAACCCAAGCUUCCACCCAAACUGGCCGGACCUUUGCACAAGGUCAUCAUGAGCACCAACCUGAACCCUGUCAAGAUGGUGAUGCUGGUGAAGGAAAACCCACUGCUGGCAGAGGUGGAGGCUCUGGAGAAAUGCCGGCGGGUGAUGGAGCUCAUCUGUGGGAAGUGCAUCAAGCAGCAGGACAUGAAUGAAGUCCUGGCCAUGAAGAUGCACUACAUCAGCUACGUGCUGGGAAAGUGUUCGUCUUUCCUUAAGGACCGCGAGGACAAGCUGGACGGCCUCAUGAAAAGUUUGCUGAAAGGUCGGGACGGCGAUGGUUUCCCCGUCUACCAGGAGAAGUUUAUCAGGGAGUGCGUCCGCAAGUUCCCGUACUGCGAUGCAACGCUGCUGCAGCAGCUGGUGCGAAGCAUCGCUCCAGUGGAGAUUGGCAACGACCCCACAGCCCUGUCGGUGCUGACUCAGGCCAUCACAGGCCAGGUGGGCUUCAUGGACGCAGAGUUCUGCACCUCCUGUGGAGAGAAAGGAGCUGAAAAGAGAUGCUCCAUCUGUAAAAUGGUGAUCUACUGUGGUCAAGCUUGUCAAAAACUGCACUGGUUCACUCAUAAGAAAGUUUGUAAGACGCUCCAAGAGCAGAGAGAGAAGCAGGAAGCGGAAGCCGCCAAACUGAGGGAACAGCAGACGAAAGAGGAAGGUGAGUCGGUCCAGCAGGCCACAGAGUCCCUGCAGGAGCUGGCGGUGGAGACCAGCAAGGAGGCGACUCCUUCAGAUCCUGCUGCAGAAACAUCAGACUCCGGUUCCAACCCAGCGGCCGACAACUGAGGAACAUCCUAGCAGUCGGUGGUGGAGACCACGUCCUCCAAAUCUACAUCCAUGCACCACAGGCAGAGUAAACUGGCAGCUGACUGGUUUGGCUGGAGAGAAGGUCCCUUAUUUAUUAUCAGCCCGAGACUGUCACCAGCGAAGGAGAGACUGAAUCAAAUGAAAGACAGCGCCACAUCCUUCAUCUUUGUGUCGGUUCUCAAAUGAUAUCGUCAUUUGUAAAAGUGAAUACUGCAUAAGCUGAUGUGUCAGUGGCAAAGACCUGUGUGUUUGUGUGUUGGGGGGGGUUUAUGUGAAGAUCUAACGGUCCGCAUCCAUGAUGGAAAGUAAGUCUGCCUUAUGAAACUGUAGCAAUGUGCGAGAAAGACUGGGCUGUGUCAUGAAUCACGUCGGUGUGUUUCCGGUCCUUCAGGUUGUUACUGGGAUGUUUUCAGACCGAUGACCUCAGCGUGUGGGUGGCAGGGCUGCAAGAGUGAUGACCAAAAAUCUGUAUUUUUAAAUGUGAAUGGUAUAAACGUAAGUCGAUGUUCGGUGUGCUGUAAAUUAUGUCAUGUUAACACUCAGGAUUUUUCAAAUCAGAACUGACUGAAAAAUGUUUUUCCUCAAAAGUCCAACGUGUGGGUCGAGCGAUGUCGUACGCAGCACGGCAGAACCAUGUCUAGAAGAAAAUAAAAUCACUUUGCCUUGGAAAAAUA